ACUGCGUAAUUCACAGUAGCGCAGUCAUCAUGGACGAAUGUGCUGAUAUACGCCGGAUUUUGACAGAAAUUUGGGAGAGGAUGGAUGAAGAAGAUUUUAGAAGACUGUCUUUUCUCACCAAAGACGUCAUUUGCAACAGAAAAAGGAAGGAACUGAAGAACAGUCUGGGAUUAUUUAUAGCACUAGAGGAGGGAAUGGUGAUCCACAUCAAAAGCGGUGAUCUCUCGUUCUUAGAGGAAGCAUUCAGUCUGAUGCAGAGAAACGAUAUUGUCAGAAUAUUAAACGAGCAAAAAAGAGAUCGAAAUCAUCUCAGUAUGGCUACAGCUGAUACUUCAAAUAGAAAUCUAUUAUUAGAGAAAAGAAAGCUGCUUUUCAAAGUUGGCGAAGAAACAGGUAAAGCUGAAUUAAAAAAUUUAAAGGACCAAUUAUCAAGGUGUGGAGUUGGGAAGAGAACAUUAGAUCAGGUGAAAGAUGUUUGGGAUGCUCUGGAUUUGCUGGAGGAAAGAGUUUCAGAGAGAGAACUUCUUCGCUGCUUGAGAACUGUUUAUGAAGAGGAAGGUGUACAAACAAUGUUGGAUGGCGUCAUUAACAAAGAUAAUGCCAAUGAAGCUGGGUGUACCCCAGAUAAAGUCCCUGUACAAGAGAUUGGUGAGGAGAACUGCACCGCUAAUAAGAAUGAUCCACAAAGUGAAGAGGAAGGCAGUGAAAAUCCUCAAACAACAUUGACCCUGGACCCUAGUGGAUUCUCCACCUUAGGAGGUUCAAGACUAGGAGCUUACAGCAGGGAAAGGCACCCAGGGAUCUGUGUCAUUAUCAAUAACAAGGAGUUUGCAGAUGACAACAUGCAGACCCGUACAGGAACAGAGGUAGACAGGGACAACCUAGAAUGGCUUUUCACAACGUAUGGCUUUAAUGUCCUGGUACAUAAUAACCAGAGCUGUGAAAGAAUGUUGCAAAUACUGCAGGAAGUAUGUAGUAGGAACCAUGAGGAUUAUGGCGCCUUAGUUGUCUGUGUUUUGAGUCAUGGGAAGCCAGAUGCCGUGAUUGGAAGUUGUGGUGGAGCCAUCAACAUUACGACCUUGACCUCACUGUUUCGUUCUGAUAUGUGCCCAUCUCUUGCUGGAAAACCAAAAUUUUUCAUUCUACAAGCGUGUCAAGGAUAUCAAAUUCAAAACGUUUGGCAUAGAACACCUAUAGCUACCCCAGUUGAGUCAGACAUUACCAGGAUACCUCCAAAUGGAACAGAAGAAUCUGAGGUUUCGGAUCCUAGUCCAACUCUACGCUUGCCUUCACCAUCGCUGCUGAGAAACCUGAAUCCCUAUCUUUCCUACUUCUUACCCAAUCAAAGGCGACAUCCUUCCCUGAACUUGACUACUGGAAGCCCUCUGAGAAACCUGGGGCUCCUGCCUGCGUCUGAUGGAUUCACUCAGCUGGAUCUUGCAUCGGCGGAGGCAGAUUUUCUGAUAGCCCACUCUACCAUGCCGGGGUACAUGUCUAUGAGAGAUGAGAGGGAGGGGUCCUUUUUCAUCCAGUCUUUAGUCAAACAUCUAAAGGAGCACUCACCAAGGGAGGAUGUUGUGUCAAUCCUCACAGAGGUCAACAAAGAGGUCAGUCAGAAAAUUGGAAAAACCAAGGAAGGUCAAAUCGCGGUCCAGAUGCCGGAACCUAAACUCCGCUUGACCAAGAAAUUUUAUCUGUAUCCUGUAGAAACAGAAGUCUGAGAUGGGGGAGAGAUCACGUGGUGUAUCUGUAAAACCUGUGGGGAGGGCGGCCAUUUUUGCGUUGUAACCCGCCGCUGGUCAGAGCAUGGUCAGCGAUCGUCCCAAGCCGAUAUCGUGGUUUUUGGCACAUAUCUACCACAGCAAAUAUUAUAUAAUUAGUUAUUGUAUCAUUUGAUUGUAAAAAAGCUGUUGAAAUAUUGGUAAUUUUUUCUCAAUUUUUAAGUUUGAUAUAUAGGAAAAAAUGUGGAAAAUAAUAGGUUCAUUUUCAUGUAUUUGUACAGUCCUUUUAUGUUAUUAUAUACUAGUACAGUGUAUAGUUCUACAUGUACAUGUAAAUAUUGUAUCAUUACAUAUUAAAUAAAUC